AUGAGAGCUUCUCAGCAUAAGUACUUUAAAUGGACGCCAAGGACUGUAUUAGUAUCUCUGGUUCUUGGAAUUUUUGUUCCAGGGUGUAUUGGAUAUAUUGCCUUAAUGACAGAGAGGCAAGGGAAUAAAGGACAAGUUGACGGAGGACCAUAUUUGAGUGUUUAUAUAGAGUUGAAUGAGAAUGCUUGA